UGGGGCGGGGGCAAGUGUCAGUCAGGUCGGGAGCGCGACGGGGGACACCGGGGACCCGGGCGGCUGACAGGGGGCCCGGGCCGCUGCCGUGUUGUCCGCUCAAGAUGGAGUUCCUCCUGGGGAACCCGUUCAGCACCCCGGUGGGGCAGUGCCUCGAAAAGGCAACAGAUGGCUCCCUCCAGAGCGAGGACUGGACGUUGAACAUGGAGAUCUGCGACAUUAUCAAUGAGACAGAGGAAGGGCCAAAGGAUGCCAUUCGAGCCCUGAAGAAGCGGCUCAACGGGAACCGGAACUACAGAGAGGUCAUGCUGGCUUUGACUGUGCUGGAGACGUGUGUGAAGAACUGUGGCCACCGCUUCCACAUUCUCGUGGCCAACCGGGAUUUCAUCGACAGCGUCCUGGUCAAAAUCAUCUCUCCCAAGAACAACCCUCCCACCAUUGUGCAGGACAAGGUGCUCGCUCUGAUCCAGGCGUGGGCUGAUGCCUUUCGAAGCAGCCCUGACCUCACCGGCGUGGUGCAUAUAUAUGAGGAACUGAAGAGGAAAGGGGUCGAGUUUCCCAUGGCAGACUUGGACGCUCUGUCUCCCAUCCACACACCACAGCGGAGCGUCCCCGAAGUGGAUCCAGCCGCAGCCAUGCCCAGGUCCCAGUCGCAGCAGAGGACGAGUACCAGCUCCUACACCUCGCCUCCUCCUGCCCCCUACUCCGCUCCGCAGGCCCCGGCUCUCAGUGUGACGGGCCCCAUCACGGCCAAUUCGGAACAGAUUGCCAGGCUUCGGAGUGAACUGGACGUUGUUCGAGGCAACACAAAAGUCAUGUCGGAGAUGCUAACAGAAAUGGUCCCCGGGCAGGAGGAUUCGUCCGAUCUGGAAUUGCUGCAGGAGCUGAACAGGACCUGCCGGGCCAUGCAACAGCGCAUCGUGGAGCUCAUCUCCCGCGUGUCCAACGAGGAGGUCACCGAGGAGCUGCUUCACGUCAAUGAUGACCUCAACAACGUCUUCCUCCGCUACGAGAGGUUUGAACGAUACAGGUCAGGCCGAUCGGUGCAAAAUGCCAGUAAUGGAGUCCUGAACGAAGUGACCGAGGACAACUUAAUAGACCUGGGCCCGGGAUCUCCAGCUGUGGUGAGCCCAAUGGUGGGGAACACGGCACCUCCAUCUUCUCUCUCCUCUCAGCUUGCAGGCUUAGACUUGGGGACAGAGAGCGUCAGUGGUACCCUCAGUUCACUCCAGCAGUGUAAUCCACGUGAUGGCUUUGACAUGUUUGCCCAGACAAGAGGGAACUCCUUGGCCGAACAACGCAAGACGGUAGCCUACGAGGACCCCCAGGCUGUCGGAGGACUGGCUUCUGCACCAGACAGCCGGAAACAGAGCUCUGAAGGGACUUUUCUGUCCUCGGCCCAGAAGAGAGGUAAAGGUGGGGACUCUGACCUGGAGCCCAUAGACAGCUGGCUCAUAACCCAAGGAAUGAUCCCCGUUGCGCAGCCCUCUGUCAUGGACGACAUUGAAGUGUGGCUCAGGACGGACCUGAAGGGCGAUGACCUGGAGGAAGGCGUCACGAGUGAAGAAUUCGAUAAGUUCCUGGAAGAAAGAGCCAAAGCUGCCGAAAUGGUCCCCAGCCUCCCCUCGCCCCCAGGGGACGCCCCAGCCCCAGCCUCAAACCCCUCCGGCCGGAAGAAGCCGGAGCGAUCAGAGGACGCCCUCUUUGCCCUGUGAGCUGGUCUACGGUUCGGCUCCCCAGACGGCAGGUCACCUCCUGUCCCCCCCCCCCCCCCGGUCCAAACGAGGCACUGGCCCCCCGCCCCCCAUCUGCAGUCCCCUCUUGGUCCUGUACUGCUGCGUCUCCAUGGAAGCACCCCUGUGUUUGCUCCCAGGCCUCCCAUGUGGCAGGACCAACUUUAGCCACCUUCUUCCGUCUGGGUGGUGGGACAGCCCCGUUGCAGCCAGAGGCUCUUGCCCCCACCCCCGCCCCUUGUGCCCAUAGGCUCCCUCUGCCCAUAUGUCCUCCCCGGAAGGGCAGGCCAUGGGGCCGUUUCCCGAGGAGACACCUGGACUGUCUUUUCUCCGGUCCCCCCCCCCCCACAGAGAAGGGGCUCAGACCCCAGCCCCUUCCCCCGUGUGCCCCACCCCUGCCUGCCUCGGCGGGUCUUCUUGGACCGGCCUACCCUCCCGUGCCCCUGUUCAGAAAGGGCUUGUCUGCACCCGUGGACUUGGUCUCCCUCCCUGGAAUGCUGCUCCCUGACGUGGGUCACCCUGCGGCACUGGGCGUGCUCGGCACUUGCGAAGGCUCUGUGCGCGCCUGUGUGUGAGGCCGCCUGUCCGCUUGACCCUCUCUCCGUCACUAAGCUUCUAGGCCGAGCGCCCGCCCAAGCCGGCUCAGCAGCUGAGCCUGGGACCAAGGGGUCCCUGCAGGCUCCUGGCGUGCUGAGGGAGAGCCAAGGGCAGUUGCAAGGAUGGCACGCGCCCCGCGGAUGGUAGUUGAGAGGCACAUGGCUUAGCCCCCACAGAGCUACACUACCGGAAACCAAACUGCCCCAUGGCUGCCUCACGCUGCCCUCACACGGUCGGCCCCAUCUGGGGAGGGCCCCGCCUGGGGAGGGCCCCGCCUGGGGAGGAGUUGCUCUGGCUUGCUUGGGAAGGCUCGGUGGGUGUGUGAGCCAUCGUGCGGCCAGCCCUUCCCGCCUGGCGGUUGGAGCAGGGAGCUCGUCGACACAGGCUGACACCACUGCCUCGGG